AUGUCUGGGCUAAACACUGAACAGCUACAUCGCUCAACAUUGGGUAUAUACAUGAGUCUAAUGGACCAGUUCAACCCAGGUAUGCAGAGGCUUGUGGCACUGGGGACUAACUACAUCCAAGCUUUUCAAGCUCUAGCUGAGACCAGUGAAGCCUACUUCAGUGCUCUUGGUAAGAUGGGUGAACAGGCCAUGCAGACUAUGUCAUCUCAUUUUCUUGGUGAUGUAUUAAUUCAGAUUUCUAAGAGUCAGAGAAGACUCACCAGUGAACUAGAAGGGGUGUUUCGCUGGUUUCAUAAUGAAGUCCUUCUGGAAAUGGAAAGUAAUAUUAGACUGGACGAAGAAUACAUAUCAAGCAGCAAAAGGCGCUAUGAGAUGGAGGUGAGAAACCAGGCAAAGGUCUUAAAGCAUCAGCUAAUGAGAGGGGGUUCACAGGAUGGAAGUGAACAUUUACUGUUCCUAAGGGAAAGCCAAAAAGAGGCCCUGAAAGAACAGGAGAGGAGGUAUCGCUUUCUGGCCGAGAAACACUGUGGACUCACUCAGUCUAUUGUAUAUCUUAUGAACAAGACAGGAACCACUCUGCAGCAGAGAGCAGCAAGUUGGAGAGAACAAGUAAAUCAAACAAGGACAUUUUCUCCACACACACUAUCCGGAAUGGAAGACACCAUGGUUGCUAACCAUCUGGCAGAGAAGCCUCCAGACAGAGUGCCAUCUAGAGGUCCAUCCCCCCAACCCACUCGAUCACGCUCCAGCUCAUUUGGAGAAUCUUUAUCGGGUAGAGAAAAGAUAAUGCAAGCAUUGGUACCAUACCCUGCCUCUUCUAAUCCCACCCUCCUGUCAUUCGCUAAAGGAGAAAUGAUUACUGUACUCGUUUCGGAACCCCGAAACGGCUGGCUAUAUGGACGUUCAGAGAGUUCAGCAAGGCCAGGCUGGUUUCCAGCUUCAUUUGUUGGUCUGAUUGAAGAUACACCGAGAUCACUUGGCACCAGCAGCAUUUCUUCUAGAAGCAGCAGCAUGAACAACCUUCUAGAGCAAUCAACAAGCAGCAGAACGUGUGAACCUCCACCCACUCCUUCAUCACCUCCUACCAAAUCGAACAACUCACGACCAGUCAAAUCCACUUCUUUAGAAAACAAAAGUCAAAAAGAUUAUGGACCUCGACCAGAACUUUUUCCAAGAGGUACGAACCCUUUUGCGACUGUGAAGCUGAAACCCACCACAACAAAUGACAGAUCAGCUCCACGUGUUUUCUAACUAAUCAACUAGGAGAUAAAAUCCAUAUCACUGUAGCACAUUAUUAAUCAGCGGUAUGGACUACAUACU